AUGUCCACCCUGAAGAGUCCAGAAGUCGAUAGCGCCAGCAGUGACCCGUUCGACUUACAACGACUGGCUGAGGAACUCGCGACAAGGGAGAAAAAUCCGUCAUCUCAUGCGCGAUAUACAGACGAAGAAACCACGAAGGCCGAACGAGACCUACCGGUCUACGUCCCACUAUCUCACAACAAUCCCUACCUGUCGGCCAAGGAGUUCAAUGUCGAGGAGUUUCUCCUUUCGAGGUCAUACACCUCUCUUCCUGACCUGCGCUCGGAAUUGCGUGACUAUCUCGCGGCGUUGAAGGAGGAGCUCGUGAAGCUCAUCAACGAUGAUUACGAGGCUUUCAUCAGCCUCAGCACGGACUUGAGGGGAGAGGGCGCGAGGCUGGAGAGGUUAAAAUCGCCGCUGUCUGACAUAAAGUCUCAUGUACUUGCAGCCCGAGAGGUGCUCCAGGUGGUUCAAGAGGAUAUCCAGCUGAAGCUAAGCAAGCGGUCAGCCCUAAGAGAAGAGAAGGCCUUUCUGCACUUGUUGCUCAAGAUCUCAGAAUCCACAACACGGUUGGAAUCUCUCCUCCUUAUAUCUUCCCCCGACAAUUCGGGGACAGAUGGGAUGAAGGUAGCCUCUCGGAGUGAAGACGCCGCCGAGGACAGGACGAGAGGUAAUCGCGCCAAACACCUUGCCCGGGUUGCAACGGAAUAUACGCAGCUGCUUUACCACGCAGCCAAAGCGCGCGAGACGGCACACCAACCACUGACAUGUCUGCGGCAGCGCAUAGACCGAAUCAAGUCUACGCUCUCCUCCGACCUCGAUCACCUCUUCGCCAGCACACUCACUUCGCUGACAUCCGGCAGUAGGGAACAGGGCAGGGACAGCAAGACAGGGGAGCUUGACAAGGCCAAGUGGAUCGCGGAUGUGACGGAAUGUCUACGCACGUACGACGUCCUCGGGCUCUGGCGCGACGCAGAAGACGUUCUCCGUCGCGAGGUCGUCAGAGAGUUCGUCAAGAAGACCAUCCACCCCGGUGCGCUCGCCUCCCCGCACUCGCCGAUCCUCCCACACACCCCGCUUCCACCAAAGAACUCCGCCGCGCCCCAGCCGUCCGCUGCGGUCCCGCGCACGCCAUACACGCCCUUCACUGCGUUCGCGUCCAAGCAGAACCCGUUCGAGUUCAGCACGCAGCAGGCAGGCGCGCAGGCGCAUAUCCUCGACGACCGCGAGGACCCGCUCGCGGGGCUAUACAAUGCUGUCCUUCGCUUCGUGGACCGCGAUUUGAGGCGCCUGAUGGAGAUCGCGGAACGCGUAUGCGUGAAGUCGGGGUCGAGAGCUGGAGGGUACGGGGGCGAGCAAGGAGGGUUUGAGGUCAUGGCGAAUGUGGUGUGGGCAGAGAUUGGUAGAGCGAUUCUGGACGAGCUGGGAGCGUUGUGUUCGCUGCCGGGAAACCGGAUGACUUUCGCAGGGUGCCACCACGAGACGACGCAGGCGUUCAUCCGCUCACUCGAAUUCCUCGCGCCGUCGGUGCAUGCCAUCGAGGUCAUGCGCGCGCACCCGGUGUACGUGCAAUUUGAGCGCCGCUGGCAGCUGCCCGUGUACUUCCAGCUGCGGUGGAAGGAGAUCGUCACGAAGUUGGAGGAGGCACUUGCAGUAACGCGCUUGGAGCGAACGCGUCACAGAGCGAUUAAGCCAUUCGCGACAACCCAAACUGCUGCUGUUUGGGAUGCUAUCAGUACUUGCUGGAGCGCAUCCGUUUACAUCCCGGAGCUGAACCAUCGCUUCUGGAAAUUCACGUUGCAGCUUCUCAGUCGACACAAGACCUGGUUGCAGAGCAGCCUUCCUGCGUUCGAGGCAACGCCUAAGGUCGCGGCCGCUGUUGCGGCCGAGAAGCUUGGUUCGGUGCCAGGUUCUCCCGCAUCGCUUUCGCGCGCAGCUACACCCAACUUGCCCCAGGAAGCCGCUUCUCCAGAGGCGGCCGCAGCCGACGAGCAGUCGCUAUACCAAUUCUCCACAGCUAUCAUCGACAUCAGGGCAUUGGAGUCGCAGGUGUGGAAGCUCUGGCGCGAAGAGCUGAGUAUCAUGUUGCCUGAGGUCGAUAUUGGAGAAGGCGAUCCAAGCUCUGAGGAUGGCCUCCGACAGGCCCUCUCAGGUCUGUCGUCGCUUGUCCCUUCACUGUCUAGCCAGAUCAUUACUAUCCUCUCCCGCCGCGCUUGUGAAGCGCUGUUGUCGAUGCGCUCGAUACCCUCGCAAUUCAGAGCGAUGUCGUCGAGCAGACGUAUCCCAACGGAGCCGAGUUACUUUGUCUCAAUGAUCUUCAAACCUGAUGAGUUCAUGCAGGCAUAUGUGGAGGAGAUAUUCGAUAUCGUUGCACAAAGGUACAUCCAUUUCUUGUCGGCGAUGCGCAAGACCGAGGAGUCGCUUCGCCGGCUCAGGAAAGGCAAGAAAUCGGCGUUCUCGCUGUUUGGCGGGCCGACGGCCAAAGAAGAUGACGGGCGGGCAGACGAAGAAAAGAUCCGGGCUCAGAUGAUGCUGGACGUGGCAGCAUUCGGGAGGGAUGCUGAACUGCUGGGUGUUGACGUGCAGCGCAGCCAGACCUUCAAGGUCCUGGAAGAGAUGGCCGGUGCCAGCUUUACCGACGUUCCGAUGGUCGACUAUCAGUAA